AUGAAGCACUCCAACGACCGCGACUCUAUACGCUCUCUUGACGGGAGCGAGGAUGGCCAUGCCCGCCAAGCGCUAGAGAAGCUCAGUCAGGAGCUACCUCAGGAGCAGACACUCGGGGAUGAGGAAGAAGAGGAACUUCUCCGUUGCAGUGUCUGUGGAUACAAGUACUCCUGUGCGACCUGCAUCCUCUACGGCGUCGCUGCUCGCUGGGCAGCCAGUACGUCCACCUCCUCUGGCUUAUCCACCGUUCCCGGACUCUCCCCUUCACCGAGCGAUAUUUCCGCCUCUUCCUCAAGUCCGCUCCCUGCUGCUCGCUUGCUCCGACAUGUCCGACCAUGUUCAGCCCCUCCUGCGUCCUCCAAACCCCCUGGGCCUGAUCUGGACGACGUCUGUAGCGUGUACUGCGUAAUCUGCGACACAUUCUACUCUUACCCUGUCCACAACCCCCCGCGGCAGGUAACGGAGAGGUGCACGCACUUUGAGCGAGCGUGCGAGGACUGCAUACAGACUUGGCUCGAGACUCUUAUCGAGAGACCGGGGCAUAUGCAUUGUCCCAUAGUGAGAUGCGCAGAGGUGCUCAGGUAUGAAGAUGUCAAGUACUGGGCAGGAGCGGAGACAUGGGAGCGGUGA